GUUUUUUGGCGGGCGGGGAUGGAGCCCCGCAAAACCCCUCCAGAGUACUUCCUGGAGAUCUUCGCCGAUACCACCACAGUGCGCGAUGUAUUAAAAGGCGUCCUGAAUCUCAUCUUCUUCCACCGCUACUUCCCCUCCAUCCGGCCGGUCACCUUUGACGUCUUGGACCUGACACUACCCGCCAUCAAUGACGCAGACCUAGAGACUCUGAUUGAGUCGCGCGUGAAUGCGCUAGUCCGCCAGCACCUGUCCCCGGCGGCCGGUGACCAAGAUGGUACAGUCGGUGGGGGUGGCGGGGGAGUGCGCGGACGCAUCGCAGUCGAGUUCUACGAGAAGAAGCGACGUCGCUCGGGGAUGUGGUUUGGCGGGCUGGCUGGGAAGGGGGAAGAGGAGGUUUGUUGGGAGAUGUGGACGAUAGAUGUGACCAUUGCCACACCCCGCACUGAAUCUGAACGAGCCAAGGUCCGCAAGGCUAUGGGGAACAUGCUUCAGAAAGCGGCGUUGAAGAUUCUGACAGUAGUCAAUCGGGACAAAGACCAUAUCCCGCCAAUCACGACCAGUGACUCGAAUCCUUUCCCCUAUCGCAUUGUUGUCAAUCCUCGCACGGAUGGCUGGGGCAAUCGCAUGGGCCUGUAUUAA